CACCCGCAUCGAACUCGUCUAAGCUCGGGAAUCGGUCCGCCAUGGUGUGUGAUGAUAUGUGUUCGAACUGGACGAUCUCUACGAGAGGGAUUACGCUAGGGGUGUUAUGGAGUGAGAUUGUUUGUUGCAGAGAGAGUAGCGAUUGUACCACUGGUGGUUGCUCCUUGGACGUAAACGGCAACGGCGUUUGGCCGAUGCCAAGCUCCGCUCACUUCACCUGACACGCGCGGCGCAACCUGCCUCACACACUACACUUGCGGCAGCAACUCGGUGUGCACUCAACACGGUCGCUGGCGCACUCUGCAAGCUUUCAAGCUUUGGUCUACAUAGUACGCGCUUCGGGUUACAUAGUCGUUUCGCAGAGGGAAAGGCUCGCGUGAGACUCGUCCACGUUUGGUCGCGCUUUCAACUUUUGACAGCUUCAACGUGUGAUACGGCGACAUGGCGUUCACCGAAGACAGCUUGAAGGCGAAGCUUUCAUCGUUGAACGAGACGCAAGACUCGAUCUCGUCUGUUGGCCAGUGGAUCUUGUUCCAUAGACGACAUGCCGACAAAAUUGCUGCACUCUGGUCUCAACGUGUCAAAGAAUCGGCACCAAACAAGAAGUUGACACUCAUCUACCUCGCAAAUGAAAUCGUCCAGCAGUCCAAGAUCCGUAAGAAGGAGGAGUUCCUCCGCGCCUUCGAUCCCAUUAUCGUCGGCGGUAGCACCCAAGCCUACAAGGGCUCUCCCCCCGACAUCCAGUCCAAGAUGAGGCGAGUCUUCGAGGUGUGGAAGUCGCGCCAGGUCUUCCGGCCACAGAUCCUCGAGGAGCUCGAGCGCGGACUCGAUGACGUCGACCGCACGCGCUCAAACAAGAAACCCCUCGGCCAGCUCGGCGGCUCCCUCUUCUCUGGCUCUUCCAUUCCCCCCGAUCUCAAGGCCGUCGAGCCCUUCGCAACCGCUCUCCAGAAGGCCGACCUCGCCGCAAGGCCCCUCCUUACGACCGCAAACCAAGGCUGGGAGAAAAUCACAAAUCCAAACGCACCCAUACCCACGCCACCCAUACACGCCGCCGCCCUCGGUGCCCUAGUCCGGGACCUUGCAAAAGCAGAAAACGCCGUCGCAGACAGCAUCAAAGCGCGACAGGCCCUCGUCUCGGGCCUCGAGAAACUCCUUGAGACAAACCGCACCAAGCUCGCCGAAGAAGCGACACACGUCUCGGAGAUCAAGGUUCGCAAAGCCACCAUCGAGACCCGCAUGCGCGAGGUCGAGGCAGCCAUCAUGAGCGGCCUCGCGGAGACAAGCAACGGGGCCUCCGCGCCGCUGCCCUCCUUCGCGCAGGUAUCGUCGUCCCACGAACGCCCCGACGUCGAGGCUCUCACCCCGCCGCCGGUGGAGAGUUUCACGCCUGUCGGCUCGCCCACCCUCCAGGCGACGCAGACCCCGCUUCCAGAUGUGCCCGACGACGUCUUCCCCAAGAUGCCCGCGCACCCAGUUGAGCAACCCAUGGCAGCUGCCCCCGCAGGCACCACCACCAACGCCAUCGCGAACUCGGAGCCCGCGACCGCCAUUGGCGCGGUGAAUACCACCCCUGGCGCAGACUUGCUGCAUAGUCUUGCACAUGCGCGACCGAGCGAGGAGAACGGCGUGUAUGGGCAGGCGACGUACAAGAAGCGGAAGAUGAGUCGCAGUGCGGCGGAGGAUGAGUUUGCGGCGUUUGAGGGGGAUGCCGCGAUGAAUGGGAUUGAUUCGACGCUGGGGGAUUUGAUUUAGGGGAGUUGCGAGGCGCGGGGAGAGUGAGUCACGGAGAGGAAGUACUAGAUCCUCGAGAUUCUCGCUGUUGUAGGGAUUUGUAGUGCUGGGAUGUGAUCGGGGAGCUUACGCGAGGAGUGACAUGAUGGGAGGUUAUUGUUCAUGGCAAACUUCCUGUGUUUAAACAUAACGCUGUAUUUAGUGGAUUGCAACCUCACAGAUUAUGUGCGUCUGUUGGAGACAAUGUACUUUGUAAAGGGU